GACACUCUGUUGGUAGUGACAAGCAGCUAGAAUCCAUGGACAGAGCCAAUGGGGAAGAGCUCAUACGGAUGUAUCCGUCAAUGGCUGGCAACGACGAAUAAUUGUGAAUAACCCGUCAUGCCUCUCUCCAAUGGCCGCCUCAUUCUUCUUCUCCCUCGCCUCGGGCCGCAGACGGCCGCCAUUCACACCACCCCAGUUCAUCAUCUAGGGCUCCGACUGGAGCCCCAGCUCUCUCGAUCCGAAAUCAUCGAUCGGGUAUGUCGAAUCUUGAUUCUCCGGCGCCCUAACGCCCUUGAAAGUCUCAAAAUUGAUUUCUCCAAUGGUCUCCUCGAGGCUGUUCUCCUGAAGCUCAAGCUCAACCCGGUAGCUUCUCUUCGUUUCUUCAAACUAGCUUCGAAGCAGAGCUAUUACAGGCCGCAUUUCACUUCCUAUUGCAUAGUCGUCCACAUAUUGUGUAAAGGUAGAAUGUUCGACGAAACCCGGUCUCUCUUAGCUGAGCUUGUGGAACUCUCUGGUGAAAAGGAACAGAAGUCGCUUGAAGAAUAUCAUACUGCAUUUUGCAUCUAUGAACAGAUGAUCAGAAUUGGAAUUUCUCCAGAUAUAUACACUUGCACAAUAAUAGUAAAUGCCUACUCUAAGGAUGGUAGAGUUGACAGAGCUGAGGAUUUUAUAGAUAAAAUGGAAGCAAUGGGUUUAGUUGCGAAUAGAGCAACUUACCAUAGUUUGAUAAACGGGUAUGUCGAGAAGGGUGAUAUGAUGGGAGCUGAAAGAGUGUUAAGAUUAAUGGUUGAGAGAGGAAUAUCCAAGAAUGUUGUGUCACACACAUUGCUCAUCAAGGGACAUUGCAGGCAGGGGAAUAUGGAGGAAGCAGAGAAAGUAUUCCGAGGAAUGGAGGCAGGAGUCGUGGAUGAGCAGGUGUAUGGUGUAUUGAUAGAUGGGUUUUGUCAAAUUGGGAAACUUGAUGAAGCACAUAGAAUUCGAGACGAGAUGUUAAAAUUAGCCUUGAAAAUGAACCUAUUUAUUUGCAAUUCAUUUAUAAAUGGUUAUUGCAAGUUUGGUCAAGUUCACAAAGGAAGAGGAAUGAUAAGGUGUAUGGUUGGCUGGAAUCUGAGACCAGAUUCUUACAGUUAUAAUACCCUAUUAGAUGGGUAUUGCAGGGGAGGUUUGACAAGUGAAGCGUUGAACCUAUGUGAUGAAAUGAUUCAAGUGGGUAUUGAUCCAACACUUGUAACCUACAAUACUCUCUUGAAAGGUCUUUGUCAAACUGGUGCUAUCAGCAAAGCUUUGGACCUCUGGCAUUUGAUGCUUAAACGAGGUUUUGCAAUUGAUGAGGUUAGCUAUGGUACUCUAUUUGUUGGUCUUUUUCAAGCAAACGGGUUUGAAACAGCUGCAAUGUUGUGGAAACAUAUAUUGGCUAGAGGAUUUACCAAAAGCAUAAUUCUUUUUAACACAAUGGUUGACGGACUAUGUAAGAUGGGCAAAAUAAUUGAAGCCGAGGAGCUUGUUGACAAAAUGAAGGAGUUUGGCUGUUCACCUGAUGGAGUUUCUUAUAGAACUUUGAUUAAUGGUUACUGUAAAAAUGGGCAGGUUGAAAGAGCUUUGAGGACCAGGAACAUUAUGGAACAGCAAGGAAUCCUUCCUUCUAUUGAAAUGUUCAAUUCACUCGUUACUGGAUGUUUUUUGGCUAGGAAGUUGAGCAAAGUUGAAGACCUUCUUAAUGAAAUGCAUACAAGGGGAAUAGUGCCCAAUGUUGUUACAUAUGGUGCCCUUAUUACUGGAUGGGUUAAGGAGGGAAAGCUUGAGAGAGCUUUUAAUGCAUAUUUUGAUAUGAUAAAUAAGGGGCUGAAUCUGAAUGAGAUCAUACUCAGUUCAAUUGUUAGUGGCUUAUAUAGGCGUGGCAGGACUAAUGAUGUGUUCAUGUUGUUGCAAAAAGCAUUGAGUCUUAGGGCUUUGUAGAAUCAGUCGGAUAAGUGAUGCAAGAAAAAUGAUUUGUGCUUUGAUUGAAAAAGGCUUUGUACCCGAUGAAUUUACUUAUUGUGCCUUGAUCCACGGUGUUUCGUUAGCUGGCAAUGUUGAUGAGGCUUUUGCAUUACGGGAUGAAAUGCUUAAAAAGGAUCUUGUUCCUAACAUUGUUAUAUAUAAUGCUCUCAUCAAUGGCCUUUGCAAAAAAGGACAUGUUAAUAGAGCACUUAAACUUUUCAAAAAGCUUCGCUCAAAGGGCUUAACUCCCAAUGUUAUCACCUAUAAUACUUUGAUUGAGGGGCACUGCAAUAAUGGUAAUACUAUUGAAGCCUUUGGACUGAAAGGGAGAAUGAUAAAAGAAGGGAUUGCUCCUUCAAGAAUUACAUAUUCUUCUUUGAUCAAUGCUCUGCGCAAACAAGGUAAUGUCGAUGAAGCAACCAAACUCUCAGAUAAAAUGCUGAAGGCAAGUGUAGACUUUAUUUAACCUUGUGACACAGAGAACAGUACAUUCAAGGCAUCAGGGUUCAAUCUCUAAUGGAGAUGAAGUGCUACAAACUGAUGGGGAGGCAUGAUUCUUCCGGCCCUUUCUCCUUGAUUACACAAUGCUUUGUUCAAUUCUAAUAACUUAGGGAAUUGACCAAAUUCUUAAGAUAGAGAUGGAUUCUUCCAGCUCUGUUUUAUUGGUUAAGUUGUAACUGAGUUAUAAAGAUCAUGCACACACUCAUGCUAUCAGAUUUUGCAGCCACAAAUCUUUUUGUUGGAGAAACUUGACCAAAUGGAAAAGAGCACAAACUCGCUCUCAGAAAAAUCAACCAAAAUGUGUGACUUAUGCAGCUUUUCGCUUCAAAGCUAAAUCGAGUUGAAAUAUACUCCUUUAUUGCCGGAAGGUAGAAAUGUCCAGCCUUAAGAAGCUACCUUAAGAAGAAAGGACAGCUAAGUUUAUUGAGAGAUGGAAUGCCCUAAAUGCCGCAGCUGUAGAAGAUAAAGAUGAUGAUGACGAUAAGUGGACAUAACUGGAGUCAUGAUGCCCAGUCGCAUUUCCAUUUCCAGACUAUUAUGGUGUACUCAAAUCUAUCAAGCAUUCCAAGACAUUUGGCUGGCAUUGUGCUCCUACACCACAUUCCCUUUGCAAAGCCUUGGAGCGCAUGAGGAACCGCUACUGGUGGAAUCCUGUGGAGCUAGGAAGCAGGGGCAUCCAUUGGAUGGAGUGGGACCAGUUAUGUGUUCCGAAGAAGUUUGGCAGAUAGGGUUUUAAAAACUUUCGUGCUUUCAAUCUUGCUAUGUUAGGGAAAUAGAGUUGGCACUUUCUCACUAGACCUAUCUCCUUGGUGGCUAGAGUCUACAAAGCACGAUGAAGUUAAUCCCAUUAUGCUCAUCCCCCAUUAGCCCGGACAACAGUUUGGAGAGGCAUCGCUCGAUCAACGACAGCAGUUUGGAGAGGCAUCACUCAGUUGUUAUCUUAUUUGUUAUGCUGAUGCAAGCUACUCACAUGCUUCUAGUUCAUAUACAUUUGGUGUUGUCCUCUACUCUUCUAACGGAGCUUUCUUGGAGGCUGUGAAUGGACCCCUCUCUCGUUGUUUGUGUCCGUUAUUGGUGGAAACAUUGGCUACAAAAGAGGUGCUCAUUUGGUUAAAGCUUUGUGGGGUUUCUUCCGUCCGGGUACUUUCUGACUAGGCAUCUUAUGUCACAAUAUGGCGAACCCCUUAAUGGACAAUCACUCUUAUAUUAGCAUCACUAGCCCGGACGGCAAGAGACUUAUGCAGGGA